CGGAAGGGGCGCCUCCCUCAGUCCGGGGAAGUGCGCUACGCUGAGAAGGUGUGCAGGUAGGAGUGGGAGAGAAAGGCCAAAGGGCAGAGUGGGAGGCCGCCAGCACCGUCCGCAUAACAAGAUGGCAGCAGCAGCAGGUUUGUCUCGCCACCCGCUCCUCCUGCUGCAGCGCCACCGUCGUCCACUCCAGUGAUCCUUCUUAUUGAACUGUCGAAACCCAGGCGAGUAGACAGUAGUGUUAUUGUUGGGAUAAUUCACACAGCCACGCCACCACCGACGGAAGUAGCAACGGGAGGUAUUUGUGCGAAAGUAACAAAGCCAUAAAUCUCUAGUUACGCGUGGCACGGCGCCAGUUGUGAUGCAAUUAGAAUAAUAUGAUAAAUAACACGGAAUCCAGUAGCGAACGCAAAUUAUUAUUCAUGAAGGCAAUCAAGUGCAGUUGCUCCCGCAAAGAACAAAGUGCAUAACGUUGAAGUCCCGUCCUUCCGCCAUUUUGAAAAUCUGCACCUCGGAGCUGGCCAACCAGAGCAGCUGACCGAGUGAGCGAGAAGAGAGUCGCAGGCCGGGAGAGUGGAAGCUGGGAGAGUGGCGGCGGGAGAGGUGAGGUGGUAGUGGCAGUGUGGGAGAGAGCGAUAAGGGGCUGCAGGCAGUACGGUGGCCACUUGAACAAGAGCACCUAGACCCAAGAGGACAGGAAACUGUUCGUGGGCAUGCUAAGUAAACAACAGACAGAAGAGGAUGUACGGCAGCUCUUCCAACCCUACGGGAACAUUGAGGAAUGCACCAUACUGAGGGGGCCGGAUGGCGCCAGUAAAGGUUGUGCGUUUGUAAAGUACGGGUCGCACACAGAGGCUCAGGCCGCUAUCAACACACUCCACGGUAGUCAGACAAUGCCGGUAAGUCGCACUGGUGCAUCUUCGAGUCUGGUGGUGAAGUUCGCAGAUACGGAGAAAGAAAGGCAACUGCGACGCAUGCAACAAAUGGCUGGAAAUAUGGGUCUCCUCAACCCCUUUGUCUUCAACCAGUUUGGCGCCUAUGGGGCCUACGCUCAAGUAAAUGUGUCAGAGCAGUUCAUGCAGCAGCAGGCAGCACUGAUGGCUGCUGCUUCACAGGGUACCUACAUCAAUCCUAUGGCAGCCCUUGCUACCCAGAUGCCCCAUGCUGCUGCGCCCUUGGCCAAUGGCAUUACCAGCCCAGUCGUCCCGCCCACUUCUGCAUCUGUGCCACUGGUGUGGGACAUACAGAGUUCAAAAGUUGGUGCCAGUCAAGCUCAGCCCGUAAACGGCGCAUUGCCCUCCAUGCCUUCCCCUACGAUGCAGAAUUUCAAUAUAGCUCCUCAGCCAGGGCCCAAUAGCCAGCCAGGCGGGAGCGAGGGGGCUGUGUUUGCCAAUGGCCUCCCUCAAACCUUUGCUGCACCCCAGCCAAUCCCUAAUGGUGAAGCCGCCACACUGCAGCCUUCAGCAGCCUACCCGGGCAUGCCUUACUCCGGUGUUGCUGUGUAUCCUGCGCCCGUGUACGGCCAGUACGCCCAGGCGCCCUCACCCCAGCUGGCGCCCAUGCCUCACAACAAGGUCGAAGGUUGUUCCAUCUCGGGACCAGAGGGCUGCAACCUCUUCAUCUACCACCUGCCACAGGAGUUUGGUGAUGCUGAGCUGAUGCAGAUGUUCCUUCCUUUUGGAAAUGUGAUCUCCUCCAAGGUGUUCAUUGACAGAGCCACCAACCAGAGCAAGUGCUUUGGUUUUGUGAGCUUCGACAACCCUGCCUCGGCUCAGGCUGCUAUCCAAGCGAUGAAUGGCUUCCAGAUUGGCAUGAAGCGCCUAAAGGUUCAACUCAAGCGACCCAAGGAUGCCAAUAGACCCUACUAACGGCCGCACUCAGUAGGGGAGACCAGGGGCAUCUGAUGGUGAAGCUGUUCUUGAAGAAGAUGGCUCCGUGUUUAUCAUAGCUUGAAUAUGACAUUUAUAUGAAGUAUUAGGAAUCCAAAGCCUAGGUUGUAAGUUAAAAAAAAAAGAGAAGAAAAUACUUGAAAAAAUAUAACUUUCUCUGCAAGAUGAACAUUAUUCCCAUAUUUCUAUACUACAAGUGCUACAUAUACGAGUCCAGAGAGCUUGAGUUGCUACACAGGCUGCGGAAGGCCUCAGAGGUGGCAAGAAAGGGAUGGUUUCUAAAACACGGAUUGCUAAUUUUUUCCUACUUUUUUUAUAUAUAUUUUUUUAUUUUUUUAGAGAGAGAGAAAUACAGUGAUUGGAAGUCCACAAUUGAGGCCUGUGCUGCUGUGUACACAAACUGUAUAUACACUGUACCGAGCUAUUGCACGGUACCAAAAAAAAAAAAAAAAAGGAUUUGGGACUGGAGGUCCCUCUCCUCUCACAUGUUGAUAGCCAUGUUAUUACUGAGAGUAUGGAAACAAUAUUUUUAAUAUUAAUAAGCCUUCUGUUAAAGUUAUAUUACGUAUCAUAAUAUUUCAACUAUAUCAUAUUGUUAAGAAUAGUAGUAUACUUAAGACGUGCUCUAUCAGCUCUACGCCAUUUUGUGCGAGUUGGCCGGGUGAUGUGGAUCUCCCAGCACCGGAUGUGUCCUAACCCGCCCCGCUGACGGGUUGCUCCUUCAGGGUACUAAGUGUUGCGUGUCUCGUGUCUGUUGCCUCACGCCCUGCGCUGUGCCCGGGCGCCCACGCAGCUGCCACCCCCUUGGCUGUCGUCUCAUGGCUCAGUAAAUGCCCAUGUUUUUACCUGGUAGUCUGUGGGUGUACUGUCCACAAGUGCUUAGCUUGAAACUGGGCCACUGUAGCAGUGAUGCCACGUGCACUGGUGCUCCUCACGCCAUUUUGCGUGCCGUGUGGCCGGGCGGGGCACCACCCACCCCACCAGACCAGGGCGCUAAGGUCUCUUCCCAGCUCCACAGUUGGACAACCAAAGUGAUGGCCUCAAAGGGUUUAGAGGCCCCUAGUCUAGUGUCAAACUAGAGGAUUAGCUUCUCUAUACCUGUAGAUGCCUAUAGAUACAUAGAUUAAAGCGCUAGAUAGCUUUCAAGUAUAGAGGAAGUCUCAUAAAGACACAUUGUAUAUAUGCUGAAGGUAACUUGGUAGGACUAUUGACCCUGCAUUUGAUCAUAUGUACAGUGGAUAGCAUAUUCACUAGACUAAGGGUACCAACGCUUAUCUCCAGUCAAUUUUAUAUCAUGAUAUAUUUUUAAAUCAUUUGUAUCCAAUGGUUUAAUAAGAUUUGUGCAUUUCUUUGUGGCUUAGAUUUUUAGACAUCUGUAUGUUUGUCAGAUCAAAGUGGCAUUAUUUUCUAGUCAAGGUGUACUUGUUAUUUUUUUAAAAGAUUACAGUUUUUGCAGCGAUCUUUCAUCUAUGAUCUCAGACAUUCCAUCUAGUCAUUAUUAUUGUUUUAUCCACCUUCUUGGGAACUUAAUUCCCCCACCCCUCCCCAUUAUUAAUAUACUAUAUGUCAUCCACAUAACUUUUGAACCAUUGACAGAAAUGUGCCAAGAGAGUUCAAGAUGAUUUUUCCAUUACCUGGUCUAUUUUAUUUGUUUCAUAUAUUUACAUGUUAUACACCCUUGUGGUUUAGGAGUAAGAAUUACUCAUUUCUGAAAGAAUGAAGCUGUUUCUCUGACAUAGCAUAUCUAGUCCAAUAUGUACAUACGCACCAUUGUCAGGCUGCAUUAUGCUAUGGCUGCUCUGUGGAAGAGACUGUUUGCACUUCAAUCUUCACUUGAGUAUCUGCUUAUUGACUGUUGGACAAUGGCUAACAACAUAGUUGUUAUAUCAUGAACUGAAGAUUGAUACCAACAAGUAUGUAGCAGAGUGACACAGUAAUAGGAAUAUGAUUUUCUUACUGCAACAUGAUUAUUAUCUUAACCUUGAGAUUAAUGUCUAAUAUAAUCUUGAGUAUGGUUAUAUAGGUGUUCGAAGAAUAAUACAACAAGAAAAAUGUCUCUUUCCCAUAGCAGGCUGGUGUAAUAAGUCUGCGCCACUGUAAUAUUACAUAGGCCCUAUUGCCUCGCUCAUGCUGGCAUCUUGUUUUAAGCGUGAUUGGAGUUUGUUUGUCAAGCUUAAACUCAGCAUUUCAUAAGUUUACCAAAGUUAAUUCGUUAUAUUGUAAACAAGAUGGCAGUAAAUGAGUACAACAGGGAUAUUAUUAAGGAUUGUAAGGAGAUAGCCACACCAAAGAAAUAAGAGAAAAAUACUUAAAGAAUAGUUUUAGUACAUCACGUUUAGAAACUGCGUAGCAUAUAAUUUAUUAUCAUUUAUUUAUUUAUUGCUUAUAAUUUAUUAAUACAAUUGCCGAAAGGAGAGUGUAAUCUUCAGUGGUUAGUUUUCAAGGCCGUAUGAAAUCUAGUUGUUUUCGGGACCAAUUUUAGUGUCUUUUGGUCAAUUCGUGUAACAUGGUGUCGUUCAGUGACGUGUUGUAUUCGUUUGAAACUUUGAACCCAUUUUUGAGGUAUGUUUAUGAAGCCCUUGGACUACCAUAAGAUACACUCUCUAGUAUAUUGCUAAUACUUAGCCCCUAUAAAUUUUAAGGAUAUUGGUAAAUGCCCGCAUAUUAUAAAGUAUUCAUUUUCGUAUUAAUGGAGGAAAUCAGGAGGCCCAUACCUGCUACUAUAAGUUAAUUUUUUCAGCAAAAUGUCAGGCCUGUUGAAGAGACAAAAUGGUCAAUUUUUUGGACAAGCAUCUCAUUGGCUCAGGAGCUGAGAGUACUUGUGCAUCACUCAAUAAUUAUGAGUGUGUGGAUUUAUUCCCACCAGAAUGGUAUAAAGUGUUUCCAGUGAAGACGGCUGGUGACCUUUGAUGAUGACUGCCUUUGGUGACUUGUGUAACUAGUGGUUAGCAGGGCCCCAGCAUAUCAGUGUUGCGCCUCCUCUGGCCUUGCCUGGUCUUUGACCCUGGUCCUGGCGGAACUGGCUGCCUGCACGGUCUCUCGUCUUGCGCCUUGCCUUCACUGACCCCACCCCGUGCCAGGAGCCGGCAGGCCCCUUUCUGCCGGCCACAUCUCCCCCGUCCGCUGACCACUUCUGUCCCUUCCGCACUGCUGCAGCCCACCUUUCCUCAUCACCCUUGCCGUAAGACGGACCUUACUGUAGGAGGCCGUGACACAGGUUAUGGGAACGAGAGUGAGCUGCCCCUAGUGUAUACUAGGGUAGGAUGGGCGGACAGGGGCGAGGGCAAGGCUGGACCUGGCGCGCCGCUUGUGUCUAACACAGCGCCUGCCCCUGGCCUCCUCCAUAUCACAUCUCACCACAAGUUGCGGGACUCACCCCUCCAGGGGACGCCGGAUCCUGUUAAGCUAUAUGGUUGUUCAUCAAGAUGGCAAGCUCUGUAAGCUUUUAUAUUGUAAUUUUCUAGACCCCAGAUUCUUCUCCUUCCAAGAGAAUUUAAUAGCAUGGUAAAAAGUAGUUAACCAUUUGAAGUAGUUUGAUAGGAGCAUAAUUUAUAUCUGAUUUGCCAUAGUUAAGAGUAGAUGGCUUGAUCUGGCCUAAGGUGCCAUGGGAUAGCCAGUAUCCUUAAUUAUUCACAGUCUCACGAGUCACUUAAACCUCGUGAGUCAGUUGUGCAGGACAAGCUUGUGACCCACCACCAGCUGUGCUCCAAUAUCGCCAAAACCAUAGCCAGGAGUUGCUGGCACAAAUGGCCUGGGCAAGUUUUCCAUCAAGUAAAUAUUAUACCAGAUCAGCUAGGACAGGGCCUUGUGGUACACACUCCAGUUGAACUAUGGCAUUGUGCCCAGCAUUUGUGAGCUUUGUGUAUAAAAUUUGUAUGGAAAACUUUUAGAUUUGUAUGGAAAUUCAAUAAAUAUUUGUGAUCUUUAAAUGAUCUUAAGUUGAUACAUGCUGUUAUGCUGGCUAUGCCUUUGCGUGACAUUUGUAGUUGAUUUUAAAUAUUAUAUGUUAAUUUUUAAUUAGACAUAGCUUUGAUCUAUUUAAAUUUUAAAACCAGACAUUGUGCAACAAAUUGUAUAUUUUAUUGCAGCAUUUAAGUGUAACCUACAUGACAGGGACAAUUAAACCUCUUUAAAUUGUUGCUAAGUGCACAAAUAUAUACAUUGAUUGUUAAAAUGCACAUGAUAGUCAUUGAAAAAUUUAACAUUUGAUUGUAUUUUACUCUAAAAUAAUACAGUACAUCAAAAUAUUGUAAAGUAUCACAAGUAGGGAUAAUAUAGGUUGUGUAAUGGUUCAAAAGGGUUUCAAUACACCCUUGAUGGGUCGAUUGAGAGUGUGUAGCAUUCUUGCCCUUGUAAAAGUGAUACUUUGUAAUGAAAUAAAGAUCCAAUAUAU